GGGAGAGAGAGCAGCUGCCAUGAGGAUUUGGGACCCCCUUUACCUGUGGGCCCACCUGGGGCUGCUCCUGCACCUGUGGCUCUGCGGUGCGCCCCCAGGUGCAGCAAUGCCGCCCUCAGGUGCGACCCCAGGACCCCCAGACGUGCCCCCAGGUGUGACCCCGACACCCUCAGGUGCGCCCGAGGAGGGCCAGGUGCGCCUGGCCGGGGGCCCGCACAGGUGCGCGGGGCGCGUCGAGGUGUUCCACGCGGGCAGGUGGGGCACGGUGUGCGACGACGCCUGGGAGCUGCCGGACGCGCAGGUGAGCUGCCGCCAGGUGCGCUGCGGCCCCGCCCUGGCGCUGGCGGGCUCAGGUGAGUUCGGGCCAGGUGAGGGCCCCAUCUGGCUGGACGAGGUCACCUGCGAGGGCUCGGAGGCGGCGCUGGAGCUCUGCCCCGCCCACACCUGGGGACAGCACAACUGCCACCACGGAGAGGACGCGGGGGUCGUGUGCGCAGGUGUGGAUCCCUUGCUGCAGCCCCAGGUACAGCCCCAGGUGAACCCCCAGGUGAAUUCACAGGUGGAUCCACAGGUGGACACCCAGGCACAGCUGAAGGUGCGGUUGGUGAACGGCUCCUCCAGGUGUGUGGGCAGGGUGGAGGUGCUGCACAAGCACAGGUGGGGCUCGGUCUGCGACGACACCUGGGACAUGGCGGAUGCACAGGUGAUCUGCCGUUACCUGGGCUGCGGCACCGCCCUGGCCGCACCUGGCCACGCCCACUUCGGGCAGGGCCGGGACCCGAUCUGGCUGGACGGGACGCACUGCACAGGUGAGGAGCUCACCUUGAGCCAGUGCCACCUGCACACCUGGGGCGAGCACAACUGCGGCCACAGCGAGGACGCCGGCGUCGUCUGCUCAGGUGAGCUCGGGUGGGACUCAGGUGAGAUCAGGUGA